GACCGACUGGAUCGGCUGCUAGCGCAGCUAAGAGUGGACAUCCAGAAGCUCCACGAAAACGAAGUGAGCAACUUUUCCGGGGGAAGCUGCCCUUCAACACCCAGCAACAGUUCACCUCGAGCCGGCCUGCGUGAUGCUGCGUUCGUUCACCACGUGAAUUCCGACUCUUGGGACGAACCCCUCGAAAGAACACUCUCUUCUUCGAACUCGGGCCCAGCAUCAAUCCUGAAGAAGAGGCAGAAAGCCAGGCCAAAGAUGGCCCUCUUUGAGAAGCGGCCCCUGAAACGGACGCUGACGAACUUGUCCAUGAUUGACACCGCUGCCAGUACUGGAGGUGGCGGCCCACCGGCAUUCGCCCGGCGGGACAAGCCGCCAGGGCAGGUGGCUAAAGUCCACAGUGAGGAGGAUGAUUUGACGCUGUCAGAUGCCAUCGAGGAUUUCGGUAGUGAG